GUGGAUGGUUCGUCGCCUCUCGCUCUCUCGGAAACUCGGUCGGUGGGCCAAGGAGGGAGUGAGUUUCCUUCGCGUUCUUAAGGAGAAAAGUGAAGGAGUUUCUUUAAUAUUAUUGACACAGGGUGUGAGUUGCGGGAUUUGGCCCCGAGAUUAGAUUUUAGCAAAAAUUAGUUCUGUUGCGGAAAUGUCAUUUGGCAGAUGAUAGGAUAAGCAUCUGUGAACUUUGCAUGUGUCCUGCAACGCAAGCAUAUGAGGAUAUAUAAAAGAUAAGUCUUGACCCCGCCACCGCCACCCUCAAAACAUGCUGGUCGAGGUUCUGCUCUGCGUCGCGGUCCUGCUCCUCCUGCAUCUCUGGAGCAACAGACCGUCGACUCUCCCGCCAGGACCUCGCAGAUACCCCAUCAUCGGCUCAGGAUUCGCCGACAACGACAGCGUGAAAAGACUGCAGCAGAAGUACGGCGACGUGUUCAGCACCCGCUUCGGCGCCGUCGACCAGGUGUUCCUGUGCAGCUACAAGCUCAUCAAGGAAGCCUUCGCCAAGACCGAGUUCGCGGACAGACCCAGCUGGAGGGUCUUCAACUUCCUGUCCGACGGCGAGGAGGCGGGAGUGAUCUUCUCGAGCGGGGCGAGGUGGCAGGCGUCGCGGCGGUUCCUCCUGCGGCAGCUGCGCGACCUGGGCAUGGGCAAGUCCAGCAUGGACGCCGCCGUCGCCGUCGAGGCCAAGGCGCUGGUCGAGGACUUCCGCAGGAUCGCCGGCAGCCCGACGACGCUGCCCGACUCCAUAAGCCUCGUCACCCUGAACGUCGUGUGGCAGCUGGUGGCCAGUCGCCGCUACAACCUGGACGACGCGGAGAUGCUCCGGUUCCUCAGGCUCAUCAGGGUGUUCCAGGAGGACGUCGUCUUCCUGGUCCUUCCCGAGUUCUUCCCGUGGCUGAACUACAUCCCCGCGCCCCUCAUGAGGAGGCUCUCCAGGCAGGACUGGCUGCAGAAGUCGGCGAAGCAGGCCAACGACAUGAUGCAGGAAGUCGUAGACCAGCACCGGGCCUCUCUCGACCCCGACAACCCUCGCGACCUUAUAGACUGCUACCUGCUGGAGAUGGAGAGACAGAAGGACAGUCCAAGCGUCAUAUUCAACGACACAGACCUCAGGAAGAACAUCUUCGACCUCUUCUCGGCCGGCUUCGACACCACGUCCAACAUGACCCGCUACGUCAUCCUCUACAUGGCGGCGCACCCGGACGUCCAGCGGAAGGUCCAGCGCCACAUCGACGAGGUCGUCCCGCGCGGGGAGGUGCCGGCCUCGCGCCACAGGGCCAGGCUGCCCUACCUGGACGCGACGCUGCAGGAGGUGCACCGGAUGGCCUCCCUCGUGCCCCUGGGCGUCUCGCACGCCGCGGCCACGGACGUGCGCAUCGGGGAGUACGUCAUCCCGAAGGGGACGCCGGUGUCCGCGUGCAUCGGCCUGUGCCACAAGGACCCCCGAUACUGGGACGAGCCGGAGGAGUUUCGCCCCGAAAGAUUUCUCGACGAGGAAGGGAAGUUCGUGGCUCAGAGGGAAGGAUUCCUGCCCUUUGGCGUCGGUCGCCGCAGCUGCCUCGGGGAAGCUCUGGCGCGCAUGGAACUCUUCUCCUUCGCCGCCGCUCUGCUGCAGAGCUUCACGUUCGCUCCGCCAGAGGGACGCAAGGUCGACCUCGGGUACACGAUGCUACCUGGGAUAAACGUGCCGAAGGUGCAGGAGCUCCUCAUCCUGCCCAGGACAUGACUGAUCGACUUUCCUCUUCGGCGGCAGCAGCGUUGGCCUUCUGCGUCGCCGGCGUUUGAGACUGAGACCUGUGGCAUGUCUCGUCCUGCUCUUUGCUGCAUUUUUAUGAUGAAGAGGACAAUGAUAAAGUUAUUCUUUUCAGCAAAAUAAAACGCAUUUGAGGAUG